UGUACGGACGGAAAGGAGCCUCUGUCGUUGUUCUGUUCAACGUUGGGCACGAUACAGAAAAAUCCUGGCAAGACACUACAAAAAACUGGCGACGAGGAUGGGAUGUUAAUCCACCGUCGGAGAAGCCCAUGUCCGAAGCAACGGGACAACAAAGGCAAGAAGCAGGUUCGACAGACGCCGCGGAGCCGCGUCAAGUAAGCGAUAUGACGAGCUCCCUACCAGCCCUUCCACCGUUCGACCCGCACUCAGAUGUGUCCUCGCUCGCUCAGCGUUGGACCAAGUGGUUAGCUCGAUUGGAGAACUUCAUUUUGGCGGCCGAUGUCAAAGAUGCAGAGCGCAAGCGUGCAAUGCUGCUCCACUAUGCCGGCGAAGCAGUGUACGACAUAUUCCUAUCGCUCUCUAACACGGGAACGGAUUACAAGACUGCCGCCAAAUGCCUGACAGAGCACUUCGCUCCUAAGAAGAAUACAGUCUUCGAGCGACAUGUGUUUCGACAGGCCAGACAAGAGCCUGGAGAGACGUUGGACCAGUUUCAAGUCCGACUCAGAAGAUUGGGUGCAACGUGUGAGUUCACCGCCAUUGAGGACGAGAUGGUCUCGCAGAUCAUAGAAGGCACAUCGUCGCAGAAACUGCGCAGGGCUGCACUUCGCGAGACGGACAUCACGCUGGAGAAACUUCUUAGCACGGGACGCAGCAUAGAGAUCUCCGAAGUGCAAGCUAGCAGCAUAGAGAGCCCAACGUCAGCCCAACCUGUGCAGAAGAUCACACCAAACAAGCAGCCGCAUGAGGGUCCGCCUCCGAAGAAAAAUCACCAACGAAAUCGUCCGAAACAAAACCACACUGAAGACACCCAAUCAGAGAAAGGCCCUAGAGAGACAAAGGAAACAGUGCGAUCCCUGGCUGCAUCGACCUCCACAGCAGACCCUCAGCAAGCCCCGGGCUCAGAUGAGUCACUGUUUCACGUGCGAACCAACACGAGGAAGCUUCCAAUUGUCACCGUCAAGGUUAACGAUACGUCAAUAGACUUUUACCUGGACACUGGAGCUGGGGUCAACGUUGUAGGAGAGCAAACCUGGCGUAAACAGCUCCGAACACCGUUAGACGCUACAGCAACGCGUCUCGUACCGUACGGUGUUACCCAAGAGAUACCUGUGCUGGGAACAUUCGUUGCUGAGUUCAGUGCCCGAGAAAUGAAAACGAGAGCACCAGUGUACGUUGUAAAAGGGUCACAGACAUCCCUUUUGAGCUACCAGGCAGCCACAGAACUACAACUCGUCAGCGUUGUGCAGAACAUUGCCGAGAAGUCUUCCGUCGACGCCGUAAAGGAAUUUCCAAAGCUGUUUGAUGGACUCGGUAAGCUCAAGGACUCCCAAGUGAAACUAGAGAUUUCGAAAGACGUGCAGCCCGUCGCCCGUCAGCACCGGCGGAUUCCCUUUCGGUUAAGAAAAGCGCUAGAAGCUGAGCUGUCACGGCUGGAGGAACUCGACAUCAUCGAGUCAGUGACAGGACCGACACCAUGGGUUUCCCCUGUCGUCCUAGUUCCCAAGCCUCGGAACGACGGACCGGUGAGAAUGUGCAUCGACAUGCGAGAACCCAACACAGCAAUCACGCGCGUUCGUCAUGUCAUGCCUACCGCAGAAGACAUAGUAAACAUACUCAACGAAGCUGCAUACUUCUCAAAGCUUGACCUCAAUGAGGGCUACCACCAGCUUGAACGAACGAAGACAGAAAUAUUCCAGGACGCAAUCAGACAAGUCCUGCCAGAUGAAGAUGGCAUCAUCAACGGAAGCGACGACAUCCUAGUGUCAGGGCGCACAAUCCAAGAGCACGACCGCCGUCUGCGCUUAGUGCUGAAACGUCUUGAAGAUGCAGGACUCACACUCAACAAGAAAAAAUGUGUCAUCGGUGCUCAGGUCCUCAAGUUCUUCGGACACGUGUUUUCGGCCGAGGGAGUGAGUGUAGACCCAGACAAAGUAGCAGCAGUAGCUGAAAUGACGCUGCCGAGAAACCCGACCGAAGUCAGCAGCCUUCUCGGAAUGGUUAACUACUGCGGCAGAUUCAUCCCUCGCCUGGCCGAACUCGUAGAGCCCCUGAGAAGCCUGACACACAGGGACUCCGAAUUCUCCUGGACAACAAAACACCAAGAGGCACUUGACAAAGUGAAGGAGGCCAUGUCCCAAGCACACACUCUGGCGUACUUUGACGACAGCAAAGACACAUAUCUCCUCACCGAUGCUGGACCUGAUGGAUUAGCCGGCGUUUUGGUCCAAGAAAGAAAAAGGGACAAGAUACCCAGUAUCUCGGGGUACUACAGCAGAGCACUAAACCCGACUGAGAAGCGAUAUCCUCAGAUUGACAAAGAGAUGCUUGCAAUUGUGUCGGCUAUCGAACACUUCCGAGUAUACCUCGCUGGGGGACAUUGCACAGUAAAGACGGACCAUCUACCCCUAUUGCAACACUACCUGUUCGAGAUCCAGCACAUCCCGGGAAAGGACCAUCCUGCGGAUUAUUUGUCCAGGCAUCCGCCUCCCUCACCGCAAGAAAUCAAGCUUUACCGAGAAACCGACGCAGUUGAAGAAUACAUCUCCUUUGUAAUGAAGGCAGCCACGCCAAACGCACUAACCGUGCACGACAUCAAAGAUGCAUACAAGAACGAUGCGCAGAUGAACAGUUUAAUCAGCGCUCUACGGGCAGCUGAUCGAAAGUCUCGUGAACGCCUGUGGAAAGAUGAAAAGCUAAAACCUUUUGCCCAAAUCAAGGACGAGCUAACUGUCACUGACAGCAACAUAGUCCUGAGAGGAACUCGUCUGGUGAUCCCCGAGAAAGUCCAAAUGCAGGUCAUCCACCUUGCCCACCAGGGCCUGGUGAAGACUAAACAGCUGAUACGAGAGAAAGUGUGGUUUCCAGACAUAGACCAAAAGACGGAGGCCGUGAUCAAGAGCUGCGCAGCCUGUCAAACAACUGUCGAGGAGAAGAGAGUUUCGCCCCUGAUGAUGACUCCGCUGCCCGAUGGGCCAUGGCAGUCACUAUUUGCAGCAGACUUUGCGGGACCCUUGCCAGGAUACAGCUACCUGCUGGUGGUCGUGGACGAGUACUCACGAUUCCCCAUCGUUGCGACGUUGUCUUCACUGACUACCACAGCGGUAACGGCAAAACUCAACGAUAUAUUCGCAGUACACGGCUUACCACAUGUACUGAAAACAGAUAACGGUCCACCGUUCUUCUCGAAAGAAUUCGCAAGCUAUCUGAGCCAAAAUGGCAUACGUCAUCACCGUACCACCCCACUGUGGCCGCAAGCAAACGGUGAAGCAGAGAGAUUUAUAAGAAGUAUCCAGAAGACCGUGAAGGCGGCUGGCGCCUCCGGAAGCAACUGGAAAGAAGAAAUCAGCAACUAUCUCCGGAACUACAAAGCAACGCCACACUCCACGACUGGCGUUACUCCAGCAGAACUUCUGUUCGGGAGAAAAAUUCGAACAAGAAUUCCUGAGAUGCCAGAAAAGAAACCCCAUGAGAACCUGGAAAAGAGAGACCGGGAGAAGAAGGAGCAAAUGAAAGCAUAUGCAGACAAGCAGCGUCAUGCAGCGCACCAUGAACUUCGACAAGGAGACACUGUGCUACUGAAACGGCAGUCGCCACUGUCGUGUGAGUCUGCAUAUGACCCUCGACCCUACCGAGUCAUCAGGGUCCAGGGAACAGCGAUCACCGCCGAACGCGACAACAAGAAAAUUGUCAGGAAUGCCUCAUUCUUUAAACGCGUUCCUGAAAUCCCCUUCCAGGAUUCGGACGAGUGGCAAACAGCGGAGCACCCUGCCCAUGCAGCUGUUCCUCCUGCCAACACAGAAGAUAGCACCAGCCCUUUUGAUGCGAGCCCGGACCAACGCACAACCAGCAACCAUACCACAGCAGCAGUGACAAACUGCCGUAGUUCCGAACGUGCAAAUCUUGAAAGCCGCCUACAAGAUUUGCAGACUACUUCUUCAUGCCAGGUGUAUGCUUCAUCAACAGAAAAUCCCUACUCUACGUUGCUGUGCUUACACGAAAGUGCAGCCGUGCAGGAUGGUGUCUGCGACUGCCCUGCUGGACGACAAGUUUGCGACCACCAAGCAGUUGUGCUAAGGACUGUCCUCCUACUUGAACAGUGCGGAUUCAAAGAGGCCCCUCCAGAACUGUCAUGCACCGACCUUCCACAGCAAUGGAGGACACCUCGUGGCAGCAGGAUUCCGGGGACAUCGAUGCAGUCUGUAGUCUGGCGCAGUGUCCGAGAAGGAGGACUGGAUGAACCCAUACCAGUGCGAAUUUACCAUGCACGGAAAAAGCCGAGGACGUGCCUUGAACAGGAGCUGUUGUUUGAGAAAAUUGAUUAG